AAUGUAAAGAAUAAGGACUGUCCACUUGAUUGCCGGAUUCGGGUAACACACAAGGCCAGAACAAUGUCACGAAAGGUACGUAUAACUCUUGUUCUAAUUCUAUAAUUAGCCUUUCUAAUGGGGUACCACCUUCUUUGCAAUUCAUUUACAACAGAAAUCCAGGGCCCACCACGCUCGUGAUUACCAGCGGUUGGCUCAGUUGAUAGCAUUGACUGGGCUUCCAAAUGAAACCCGCAUGGCUGCAGGACUGAAGGAAGGGUCAUACUGGGAAAAAAUCGCCACCGAAUAUGUCAAUGGUCCUCCAGAGCAGAGCAUGAUAAAAGCAAUUUAUAACCUCUGGCGAUCCACCUUUUUUGUUAAGUUGGUGACCGAAAUGUUGCAAGUAAAGGUAAGAUACGAAAACGUUAAUAAGAAUCACGAGGUUUUGUCGUGACCUCCUUGAACUCUCAAUAAUAAUCUUUAAAUUGAUACGAUUGUAAUUAGUGACAAGGCCGGCUGAGAGGAGGGGUGUAGGAGGAAUGUUGGAAAAAUAAACAAAAACAAAAAAAAAUGCGGCAAAGAAAACCUUCAAAGCAAACCUUCAAACCAAAUGUAAGUCCGUUAAAGAAAACUUAAAAUAGAAAUGUGCUGAAAAAUCUGAAAUAUAUUCACCUAUUUGUAUGUACCUUUUCAGGGUAGUAACAAAGAUCCCAAAGAUGCAGAAAGUCGGGCAGGGGACAAAGUUAAAAAGUGCAAUGAGCCGGUCAGUUUAUUUCUUAAUAUUGGUCCAUGCUACGCUUUGUUUGCGAGUACAUUUUAAUAAUUUUUCAAUCUGUUGAAUUGUUACUAUUGGGCUUUGGAGUUUUCCGUGUUGCUUUUUUCCCCAUGUUUUUAGAAGGCCCAGACGAAUCAUGUAGGGCCUGUCCAAAGCCAAAAAAUUUGGUCACCUAAAAUCAUAUCCUCAAGAUAUGUUUUUAAAAGAAAGAAGAAGGUAAUUUAUCUUGUAUGCUAUAAAAAUGCUACGGCACGAGAGAAAUAAUAGUCUGUUUGUCUCUUAGGAAUAGAUAUCCUCCUUCCACCAAAUCACUAAUCGUUAUCGUUGUUUUUUAGGUCAAAUUGAAGUGCUUUUUUCAAAUUGGGAGCUGCAACCUUGCUUUUCCCGGCCAUCCACGCUAGCGGACGAGGUUCUAUUCUGCGUUUGCCGUAAGCCAGAAGACAACAGGUAGCUGUUAAUAUCGUUUCUAUCUGAAAGGUAUCAUUUUUCUUCCCGUUCAUUGCUUAUUGCUUCUGCUAAAUAAGAGUUCUUCUAUCUGCAGGACAUAUGUUGGAUGUGAUCUCUGUUUUGAUUGGUUCCACCCAGAACGCUUGGGCAUGAGCGACGAGGACAUAUCAGCCAUGCUCAGUUCCAAGACUUUUCUCUGUCCGUCCUGCAGUAAAUUCGGCGAAAUCGACACUAUGGAGAAUAUUGAAGAAGAAGAAAAAACGGCGGUAAGCAGCGGUUAUGAAAACGAAUUUUGUAAUGCAUUGGAUAUCCUUUUUUUCUCUUUUUUUAUAGAUGGCCCACUAAAACAUACAACAAAAUAGUUUUAAGAUUUUCCCGCUUUCCAACAUUUCAGCUCCCCGCUGCCUGCACCGAGGACGAUACUGAAAAUAUUCAGGUAAGAGGGAUGCCCCGCCAUUACAUAGUUUCUUUUCUUAGUCGAACACACAUUGUCGGUUUUGAUUAAGAUCAUUCACUUUUUUGUUGUUGUUUGAUUUGGCACUCAACAUUAUUUCCAACAGCUACAACAAGAAACAGCACGCCUCGUGGCACGUUCUGAUGUUCCAUCCCCUUCCGGUGAUUUCUGUGCAGAACUCCCACCAGGUGCCUGGUACUGUCUUUCUUUAGCUGACAUAGCGAGGCUGACGCCUAUCGCAAGGGAAGUAGGGAGGAGGGCGAUGCCAGCUGACUGGGAUAAUGUUCUCUUGAAGUACGUCCAAAAGACCAAUCCAUAUUUCGUGUUUCGUUGUGAUCAAAACCGCGUUAAAAAAGUGAAUUCCAGGAAAAAGAACACUCCAUUUUUUCGUGGAAUUCUAAAAUGUACCUUUCCCGGUUGUUCAGUGUCCGCUGUGGUGAAAAUUUGGCAGGAGAACAAUGACCAACUGGAAGUUACCUACCCUGGAAAUUUAAGACACCGGAGGGGUGUCCACCACGGACGGCGAAUUAAAGGGGCAGCACGCGACGAGAUAAAAAGGGCCCUACAUGGUUCAGAUCCGAGUAGGGUGCACCACCGCUUGCUUUCAAAUCUUCCAGCAAAGGUAUAUGCCUCAGGUAACAGAGAUGGUGUAGGUAGCCACAAGAUGCUUCAGAAGAUAUCCUCUGAACGGAACCUCCGAGGACGGCCUUUCACAGACACAAUUCAGAGCUUAGCACAUUUGAGAGCCCGUUUCGUCAAGGAAGAUCAAGAAAUGUAUCCUGAGCACGUUAAGAAGGAGUCUGGUCCCCACCGUUUCGGAUACAUACAAUCGGUAUCUCUCUACCCCACAAUCGUCACGAUGUGGACGGAAGCCGACCUGCGCUUAUACUUCGAUAUGGCCCGUAAUGGUGCUGUCUUUUUCGACGCGACUGGCCAAAUUGCCCGUAAGGUUUUUACCGACACAGGGCCUAUCCUGUACUACUCUUUGGUUGUGUCUCAUCCCACCCCGGGAAAAGCGUGUAUAGCCGUUGCCGAAAUGUUUUCUAGCAGCCAUGCAGUCCCAACGCUCACCAACUUCUUAAUGAACUUUCGCCGUGAUGUCAUGAAACUUCAUCGUGGAAGACCUGCAAAUCCAGCUCACCUCCAUAGGUACACUGGGUGUUUCCACUAUGGAAGGAGGCUGUCUGGCCACAUUGAUAGCCAAGCUCAGACAAACUCAACAGUUGAUGAUCCUGGAUCCACCUACUUCACUGGUUAGUGCUAAACUUGUGCAGUAAU